UACAGGCUACUGCUUUUGAAAGCAAACGUACGUCGCCAUUUCCAAAAGAGCAAUAACCAGUGACCAAAACCCUAAUCGUUCUCCAAGCGACGAUAUUCCUGGCCGUACGAAUUUCUCUGAAUCUUCUUCUUCUUCCAUUUUCUUUUUCUCUUUAUCGCUUUUAAUCGUCUUUACAAUCAUGAUCUUCCUCCCGGGUAAUGUAUGUAGUAGUAGCAUAUUCUUUGAUUAGGGUUUGGAUUUUAAGCAUUCAUGGCAUGCCUCUUCUUUGCUACUCAUCAUCAUCGUCUUAAGUUGCUGUUUUCUUUAAUCUCUCUGGAUGGAAAUCGGAAAUGUGAUGUUCUGGUGACGUUCAUUGUUUGAUUUUGUCAAACUGUGGAGCCAGUCGGUUUAAUGACUCAGUGACUGACGAUCGUUUUGGUUCCGAAUUCGGAGUUGCUUAUGAGUCUAGGAAAGAAAAAUGGCUGAAUCGAAAGUGAAGACCAUUAAAAACCCCCCAGUUGCAAUCAAGCUGGAAGCUGCAGAACGAGGAGAUGUGGCUGAAUCAAAAGUAAAAACCAACAAAAACCCCCCAAUUGCAAUCAAGGAAGCUGCAGAUCAAGGAGAUGUUUACAACAACAUUUCCAAUUUGGUUACCGAAAUGAGGAUUGUUGCGAAUAGACAGAUUGAUAUGGAGCAUAGGAGCAAAAUUAAUGACUUCUUUGUCUGUGAACCUCCUUGUUUUGGUCAGGAAACCGAUCCUUACGCUGCUAAAUACUGGAUUUUGAAGCUGGAAACUAUCUUUGAUUGCAUAGAUUGUUCAGAUGAGCAGAGGGUUUCUUUUGCUGUCCUGAAGCUAAAUGAUUCUGCACUCUCUUGGUGGAUAGUGGCAGAAAGACACUUGAAAGAUGAAGUUACAGUGACAUGGGAGAAGUUUAAGGAAUUAUUCUUUAUGAGGUACUUCCCACGAUGGAUGCAACACCAGAAGUAUGCCGAACUCUGUAGUCUGGAACAGGGAGAUAGAACCGUAGCAGAGUACGACGUAGAGUUCAUCAAGUUGUGUUCUCUUGUCUACGAUUUCAUUGGUAGUGAGGCUUGGGAGACUUCCCUGCAUGAUAUUAGGAUACAGAUUUGCUUAUUACGUGACACCACCUACCCCCAGGUGAGGGACAUGGCGUUAAAUCUGGAACGCCGCCUCAACGCUCAAGAGGAUCAAGAUUAAAACUAUUGAUUGAAGUAGAAUGACAGCAGAGGGGAAGUUGGAGUUGGGGAUCGAUCACCUUCAUCACCUUUCAAUGGUGAUCUUUUUGAAAUGUGGUAUGGUUCUGAUUGCAAAUAGUUUAGUUUAUAGUUUCAUAGGUUAGGCUAUGAAGUUCAUGAUAGUUUCUUGUUUUUUCACCUCCAAAAAACAGAGUUCCCCACUCCCCAUCUGGUCUGGCAAUCACUGCCUUAUACUGUUGUUUUUGUUUGUUGGCUUUUGUUAGGUGAAGUCUUUAGCAUCCAGCUGCUUUAAAAGCUAA